AUGGGACAACCUACAGGCGAGGGCUUCGCUGGGCGCGGAGCUCUUUGCGUCUAUUUGACGGGCUUUGGACCCUUCGGAGAAGUAUCUGAAAAUCCUUCUGCAACUCUUGUCAAGGAAUUGGCUGCAGCUCUUGGAGACACCAAUGCCGCUACAGACCCUUUGUCCCAUCAGAAGAAGAGCAUCCCUUCAAUUUUUUCUCCCUCGAGCACUCCUGGCACGCUUGGAAGCCCCGGAGUCACUGUGAAGCCAGCAGAGUGCAACAGUCCUCCAACGGAGGCGUAUUUGGGGAAAACAAGAAUUGAAUUGUGUGGAUGGGAAGUUUUGGAGGUUUCGGCAGAUGCAGCCACAGAGGCCGCGUACCGCAUACACUCUGCCCUCAACAACACAAGAAAACAGAAGCAGCAUUUGAAGCUGCUAAGCACUAAUGACAACACUUCAGGCGUUGGAGAGAGACAAAGAAGCCAUGAAGCAAAUCCCUCAGUUCCUGACGGAGGCUGGACGGAGGAACCUGUGGCCUUGGCCUUGCAUUUCGGUGUCAACAUGAGAAGUAACCGUUGGAUGCUUGAGACAAAUGCGAAGAAUGAUGCCCGAUUUACCUGUGUGGAUGCCAAGGGUUGCCGGCCCCAGACAGAGCGAAUAUCAUGUUGCAUGCCAUUGGAGUAUCGUUUACGUUCUUCUUUUUGUCUGGAACCUAUUGCUGCAAAUCUAAGAGAGCGAGGUUUCCCUUGCGGCGUCUCAGACGAUGCUGGCUGCUUCGUUUGCAACUUUCUCUACUUCAAGAGCCUGCAGGAGAGUCAAAUGAGCGGCGUUAAUGCUCUAUUUGUGCAUGUCCCCCCUUUCUCAGAGCUGAGCCUGCAGCAGCAGUUAUCUGCCGCCCUUCAACUGCUCUCCAUCUUAGCCCAGAGAAAAACGCCUGCUGAGGCUAUAUCGGAACACCACAUGUAA